GGCUGAAUGGCUACGCGGACGCACGCGUGCGCCCUUGCGUCUCUCUUCCAACUUGGGUUUGACCUACAGUCGCCCGGGAGAAGAUGGCAGCCCCAGCAGUGUCCGGGUUCUCCCGGCAGGUGCGAUGCUUCAGUACAUCUGUGGUCAGGCCAUUUACCAAGCUUGUGAGGCCACCUGUUCAGAUAUAUGGUAUCGAAGGUCGUUAUGCCACUGCUCUGUAUUCUGCUGCGUCCAAGCAGAAUAAACUGGAACAAGUAGAAAAGGAAUUGUUGAGAGUAGCACAACUCUUGAAGGAACCCAAAAUGGCUGCCUCAAUUAUGAAUCCCUAUAUAAAGCGAUCCAUUAAAGUGAAAAGCCUAAAUGACAUGACCACAAAAGAGAAGUUUUCUCCCCUCACAUCCAACCUGAUGAAUUUGCUUGCUGAAAAUGGUCGCCUGAACAAUACCCCUGGAGUCAUUUCCGCCUUUUCCACCAUAAUGAGCGUGCACCGUGGGGAAGUACCUUGCUCAGUUACCACCGCAUCUCCUUUAGAUGAGGCCACUCUUUCUGAAUUAAAAACGGUGCUGCAGAGCUUCCUAAGUAAAAAUCAGAUACUGAAAUUGGAAGUUAAGACUGAUCCAUCAAUCAUGGGUGGAAUGAUUAUCCGUAUUGGAGAGAAAUAUGUUGAUAUGUCUGCAAAAACCAAGAUUCAGAAGCUGAGUAGGGUUAUGCGGGAGGUUUUCUGAAAGUGAAAGGAAUUGAUUUUCUGUCAGGGAAAAUUCUUCAACUUGGAGCAACAAUAAAAUGCUUCCUGAACAGAACA